AUGACACGAAAGCGCAAUGCUGUCGCAGCAGCAGCUGCCACUCUCGCUGCAACAGUCGCAUCCUCAAUGGCAGCGACACCAGGGGGCAGUGAGAUCGUUGGCUCCUCUGCCGUGUCCGGCAUGAUGCUCUUCAACAGCGCACCUGGCAAAGUCGUGAUCCUAGACAAGACCGAGGGCAAUGCAGCUCAGAUCAAUGGCCACCCAGCAUGGGGAGAGGAAUGGGACACCAACAGCCGCACCGGUCGUCUCAUGAAUGUGAUCACCAACACCUUCUGCGCAGGUGGCAUGUCGCUCGGCAACGGCACUUGGGCUGUCUUUGGAGGUAACGAGAAUGUCGGUCCAGGUGGUAACUCGACCACACCUCGUUUCAACGCCACUGCACCUUACUAUGACGGAGACGGAGGCGCUGCUGCUCGCUUCUACACGGCCAACUCGCAAGGCAACGCGGACUGGGAUGAUGGCAACCACUACAUGAAGAGGCGUAGGUGGUAUCCUACCGUUGAAGCGCUUGCUGACGGUACAUUGUGGGUUGGUGGUGGUGAAGACUACGGUGGAUAUGUAGCGGAUGCUGGACAGAACCAACCCAACUUUGAGUACUGGCCACCAAGAGGCGAUGCUAUCAACAUGGACUUCCUCACCCAGACUCUCCCCAUGAACCUGUACCCCUUGGCAUGGCUCAUGUCUUCAGGUCGACUUUUCGUCCAGGCCGGACAAGAUGCGAUCCUGUAUGACCUCGGCAACAACUCGGUCGUCAAGAACUUGCCAUCGACUACAGGACCCAUGAAGGUUUACCCGGCUUCCGCCGGUGUCGCUAUGUUGCCACUGACGCCAGCCAACAACUACACGCAAGAGGUGCUGUUCUGCGGUGGUGUGCAGAGACCACUCAAUGAGUGGGGCAACGGUGCUGGACCUGCCUACAACCCACUAAACAUGCCGGCAAGCAAGGUUUGCGAGCGCAUUACCCCAGAGGCAGACAACCCGACAUGGGAGCAGGACGACGACUUGAUCAACGGUCGAUCCAUGGGUACUUUUGUCUACUUGCCCGACGGCAAGUUGUGGUUCGGGCAGGGCGUGCGUAUGGGCACGGGAGGCUACUCGGGACAGGACUACAAUAAGAACCUCGGCAUCUCGCUUGGUGACCAUCCCGACUUCCAGCCUAUGAUUUACGAUCCAACAGCAUCCAAGGGGUCGCGCUUCUCAACCGAUGGCUUGGCUCGCAUGCAGGUUCAGAGGAUGUACCACUCAACUGCCAUCUUGCUCGAGGAUGGUUCCGUGCUAACCGCCGGCUCCAAUCCUAAUGCCGAUGUGAGCUUCGACAACCCGGCCAACUACACCAACACCGAGUACCGUCUGGAGCAGUGGUACCCGCUGUGGUACAACGAGGCCAGGCCAACCCAGCCCAAUGUCACGCAGAUCGCCUACGGUGGUGGCUCCUUUGAUGUCUCUCUCUCGAGCUCGGAUCUCUCGAAUAACAUCACCAACAUCAAGACUGCCAAGAUGGUCAUCAUUCGCUCUGGUUUCGCUACGCACGGUGUCAACUUCGGCCAGCGAUACCUCGAGCUUAAUUCGACCUACACUGCGAACCAGGACGGCAGCGUUGGUGGUACGCUUCACGUCUCCAUGAUGCCUCCAAACGCGAACAUCUUCCAGCCGGGACCUGCAAUGGCUUUCCUUGUGGUCAACGGCAUUCCUUCGCGUGGUCAACACGUCAUGAUCGGUACUGGACAGCUUGGCGACCAGCGCGUCACUGCUGGCACUUCCCUUCCCGCAUCGCAGGACCCGCCGGCACCCAAGACCAGCAGCAACAACGGCAAAGAACCAGGCUCCGGAUCCAACACGGGUUCGCUGUCAGGACGGCCCAGCAGCAGUAGCACGCUGUCUGCAAGUAUUGGUGCUUCGUUUGCCUUGGCAGCUGUCUUGUCUGCUGUGGGAUCAUUUGCUUGA